AAAGCACCACAAAUUACAAAAUGCAAGCGGUCAACUCUAGAGAGAGAGCGCGAAAGAGAGGGAAAAUCAGUUAACUGUUAGAAGAGAUGACCAAUCGAUCACUACGGAAACUGCACUCUGCGUCGUCACGUAUAUUGUCGCAUGCAAUAUGCUUCAACUCUAUACGUCUGAUUUUUCUGCGACUUUUGAGCUCGACACGUGUGGCUAUGCCCUGCGUUUCCGCGGUUUUCAGGAUUCGAUAUUUGAGGAAAUUCUUAAGUUUUCUGAGAUAGAGUGGGAGAAUUAUGACCGAUGAGCUCGAGAAUUAACUCGGAUAGUCGUUGAUGUUGGUUGGUAUUGUAGGAUCAUCAGAGGAUUUUGAAUUCUGAGACUGUAAAUUUAUCGUCAUCUGAUUCUUCUUCCUUCCGUGUUGGUUAAAUUUUGAAUUUCUAGGGUAGGAUUUCGUAAAUUUAUGUAGAUAUAGAUCUGGAGUCGAAUUAGGGAAUGGUGGACAGUGUUUUUAUUGGAGGGUGGGUUGAUUGAAAGGUAGAGCGAUAUGGGCGGUGGUAUUAGAAUUAUUGUGAAGUAUGUUGUUGUCCUUGUUGAGCAAGCGUACAUUAUAUGAUGAUUCCAGGGAUUCCUAUGGAUUUACUGUGAGACCUCAACAUGCCCAUAGGUAUCGAGAGUAUUCCAAUAUCUAUAAGGAAGAAGAAGAGGAGAGAUUGGCAAAAUGGAAGGGAUUUCUUGUGCAGCAAGAAGAGUCUACAAGGGCUAGUCAUGCUAAGGAAGAUGAAACUGAACCUGUGGUUUCUGAGGUUGCAGAGCAGUCACGUGAUCUCGGUCAAACAGCAAGUGAGGAAAGGGAUGAUUCAGCUGAACAAUCUGCUGCCAUUUCUGAAGUUACUGCUGUUGAAAAGGUGAGCGGAGAUGAUGGAAAUUCUAGUGAAAAGAGGUCUGAGGGAAGUGUACCUCCCAAGGAAGCUCCAAGUAACCAAAAUAGAAAGCCCCGUGAGGUGAAAACAUGGGCUGAUAUUAGUCAAUCAUUAAAUUGCAUAGACCAUUUGAUGAGUUUAAGAAUAAAAAAGAAAGGAAGCGUGAAGCGUGAAAAUAAAAGAUGCGAAAAUAAUGACCUUCCAUCAAUAGACGAGGCAAGAUCAGAUAGUGGAGGAUCUGAAGACGACAAUGAGAGAAAUGAUAGUGCAGAUGCUCCUACAGUAGAAACUAGUGCCAACGAUAAACUACCCCCAGAAACAAGUUUUCCUUGGAAAGAAGAACUAGCAGCCCUUGUUCGACUAGGAGUACCUAAGGAACUUAGAGGGGAGGUGUGGCAAGCAUUUGUUGGUGUUAGAACUCGCCGAGUGGAUGGAUAUUACCAAGAUUUGCUGUCUGUAGAAUGUGAUUCUAGUAGUGAUGGCAAAGAGCAUGAUAAAUCAGCAUAUGAAGGGAAGAAAGGAGAUUUGCCAGAAAAGUUGAAGAAGCAGAUUGAGAAGGAUCUGCCUCGAACAUUUCCUGGCCAUCCUGCAUUAAAUGAAAAUGGCAGGAACUCGUUACGGCGUGUGCUUUCAGCAUAUGCUCUACAUAACCCCUCAGUUGGGUAUUGUCAGGCAAUGAAUUUUUUUGCUGGCUUAUUACUUCUGAUGAUGCCAGAGGAAAAUGCUUUCUGGACAUUGGUGGGUAUAAUCGAUGAAUACUUUGAGGGUUAUUUCUCACUAGAAAUGAUAGAAUCCCAGGUUGACCAGCUUGUUUUUGAGGACUUGAUGCGUGAAAGGUUCCCUAAACUAGUAAAUCAUCUUGAUUACCUGGGAGUUGAAGUGGCAUGGGUAUCUGGGCCUUGGUUCCUCUCAAUCUUUGUAAACACGCUUCCAUGGGAAAGUGUUCUUCGAGUGUGGGAUGUGAUCCUGUUUGAAGGAAACCGUGUCAUGCUCUUUCGAACUGCACUUGCUUUGAUGGAUUUAUAUGGACCCGCUCUAGUUACAACGAAGGAUGCUGGAGAUGUUAUAACUUUAUUGCAAACACUUACUGGUUCCACAUUUGAUAGCAGCCAACUUGUCUUAACUGCUUGUAUGGGUUUCUUGACCAUUACUGAAGAUCGACUGCAGGAACUGAGACAGAAGCAUAGGCCAUCUGUAGUUUCGACAAUCAAAGAAAGAGCCAAAGGGUGUAAAAGUUUUAAAGAUCCUAAAGGUCUCGCAACUAAGUUAUACAGCUUCAAGCAUGAUCGUGGACCAAUAGUAAAAGAAAACGAGACAGAAGCAGGCUUGAAUGAUAAUUCGGAUUUAGGUGAAAUUCCAAGUUUGGAUUCUCAUUCUGCCAGCCUGGAUGAGUUUCUUAAAGGCAUGACCAUUGAUUCCGAAGUAGAUUCACUUCCAGAUCUUCAGGAACAGGUGGUUUGGUUAAAGGUUGAGCUCUGCAGAUUGCUAGAGGAAAAGAGAUCUGCUGUGCUCAGGUCUGAAGAAUUAGAAUCUGCAUUUAUGGAAAUGGUUCAAGAAGAUAAUCGAAUGGAACUAGCUGCAAAGGUUGAGAAAUUGGAGAAGGAGGUUGCUGAACUACGGCAAGUUCUAGCUGAUAAGAAAGAAGGGGAGAAAGCAGUGCUUGAGGUUCUAUUGAAGGUUGAACAAGAACAGAGGGUAGCUGAAGAAGCUCGACGUUUUGCAGAACAAAAACUGCAAACUCUUCAGGAAAAGUAUGACAAGGCCAUGGCUGCCCUAGAUGAUAAGGAGAAGCGGGUUGUUAUGGCAGAGACAAUGCUAGAAGCAACAUUGCAGUAUGAAUCUGGGCAAAGUAAAGCCUCGUCUUCGCCUAAGUGAUUCAACAAAAAAGACUGGUCUACUCUCGUUUGGCCUUGGUUGGAGAAAGGGGAAAGACGAUACUGACAAUAAUGUGCCUGAUGAUAGCGAUGGCCAUCAAGAAUAGAGAAGAAGAAAAUUACGAAAAACUUACUAUAGUGAAAUUUAUGUUGAUAGAAAUGAUGUACAUGAUGAAAAUUGAAAGGGAUACGCUCAUACACUACAAUAGUCUUUUUACAUUCUUCUAGUUUGUAUGUGUACGAUGUGGUAAUAAACACUAGUUGUUUGGCAUUGUUA